UCUCUCUCUCUCUCUCUCUCUCUCUUUCACUCACUCACUCACUCACUCACUCACUCUCUCUCCUUCUCUCUCGGACUCUCAUUCCUAAAUGGCGCUCUCAACCACUGGUAUUCGUGUCUCCGUUAUUGUAAAAGCACCACCUUCACACUUUUUCCCACCCUCUUGUAAUAUUAAUAAUAACUUAACCUCCGCCUCAUCCUCAUCUUUUUCUUCCCCCUCUCUAGCUCACUCAUCAUCGUCAUCAUCAUCAUUAUCACCUUCUUCUUCUCGUCGUCUUCGAUCAUCAUUAUUAUCUUCAUCUAAUUGUUCUGAUUAUGAUAGAGGCGUGUCAGAUGAAAUAUCAAUGAUGAAACGUAAUGAUAAUCUAAGAUCGCGACGAAAACGAAGGGGAUUGAUGAUGGGACGAGGUGGAGUUAUCGGUUAUCACGUUAUAUCAACAGAUAACAAUUAUGAUUAUUUGGUGAGGGGAAAAAAUUCUCAUCAUGAAUAUGAUGUUGAGUAUGAUGAUGAAGAUGAUUACGAUGAUGAUAAUGAUUGUAAACUUGUUGUUGACCCGAUAGCCUAUGAUGUUCACUCUGAUCAGGCUUUAGACUUGGUAAUUAAACGUAAACGACAUUCAUCUUCAUCUAAUAGUAGCAACAAUCAUCAUCCUCAUCAUAUUUCAUCAUCUUCUGGUUCAGCAUCGUCAUCAUCUAAACGACCUCGUCCAAAUCACCAGCUGAUAACUCAUUUCUCAGAUGAUGAAGUUCAUGAAGAGGAAGAUUAUUUCGGAGACGAUUUUGAUGAAUAUGACCCAAGAAGUAACCUAAUGAACGACCAUAAUCAUCGUUCAUCAUCUUCAUCUUCAUUUUUAUCAUCAACAUUUCCAAAUAUUCACCAUAAUUCACCUUCUUCUAUGAAUCAUCAUCAUAACUACCAUCAUGAUGAUCAUCAACUUAAUCAAGUUCUAACCAGUGAUCAUGCUAAUCCAUUGUUACUUUUGAAACCUCCUUCAUCACCUUUACCACCUCCACCACCACCACCGCAACCUCAUCAUCAACAAUCAUCAACAAUUUUGAACAAUCAAUUCAAUAACCAUCAUCGAAAUCAAUUUAAUAACAAUUAUAAUACUUACUCAUCUGGAAAUCAUUUCUAUUCAAAUUAUAAUCAAAAUUUAACUAAUCAUUAUAAUCAUCAUCCUGUUAAUCAACAAUAUCACCAUUUUAAUCAAUCGUUUGAACCAAGUUUCAGUUUAAGUGAUCUAAUUGCUGAUUCAUCUUCACAAUCGUCUAAUUGUUCAACAAAUUCAUCUAAUUUCUUUAAUUCCAAUUUCUGUUCAAAUUCUUUUGGCUUAUAUAAUUUACCUACAGAUAUAAACAAUCAAACAAUUAACACUAAUAGCCAACAGCAUAAUCAACAAAUAACAUCAUCAUUACAUCAAAAUCAACAAAAUUCAAGUAAUUAUCAAAAUAAUAAUCAACUAGUAAAUCAACAUCAACAACAAUCAAAUCAAAGUCAAUCAAAUUUCACAAAUUCAUUAGCAAACAAUAAUAUUAGCAGUGGUAACAAUCAACAACAACCAAUUGAUUCAAACUCAAAUUUUCUACAAUUUUUAACAUCUCGAAAAAUUGUUGAUACUAAAUUAAACAAUCACCAUAAUCAUAAUCAUUACCCCCACCAACAUCAGCAAUUAGAUACUAAUUCAACGACAACAACUGAUAAUAAUAAUCACAAUUGUAAUGAAUCAACUUUGGACUUGUUACAAUCACAAUUCAUCAAUAAAUCACAAGCAAUUAAACCUCAAUCAUUGUCGUCCUCGUCCUCUUCAUCCUCGUCAUCCUCAUCAUCAUCAUCCUCAUCUACCUCCUCUCAACAAACUAAUAAUAAUAAUAUGAUUAAGGAAAGUCAAUUAAUUUAUAAACCACCUUUAGGAUCAACUAAUUAUCAACCUCAACAAUCAAUUCAAAAGAAAAAAACUCAACCCGUUGACGGUUCAAUUCGUCGUCGAACCUACAAAUGUACCUACGAAUCUUGUACAAAAACUUAUUACAAAAGUUCACAUCUCAAAGCCCAUAUACGAACUCAUACAGGGGAAAAGCCGUUCAUUUGUACUUGGGAAGGUUGUGAUCGUCAAUUUUCAAGAUCUGAUGAACUAUCUCGACAUAAACGAACCCACACCGGGGAGAAAAAGUUUGUUUGUUCAAUUUGCUCGAGGCGAUUUAUGAGAAGUGACCAUUUAACUAAACACGUUAAGCGACAUUAUGUACAAUUAAAUUCUAACACUGGUGCCAAUUUAAUUCCAUCUCCUUGUGAUAAUUCCGAUGUUAACUAUGUUGAUAAUAUAAAAAGAAAUGUUUUAAAAUAAUAAUAAGAAUUAAAAAAAAACUCGAAAAAAAAA